AGGCAUCAGGAGUACAAGUGGCUGAUGAAGUGUGCCGUAUUUUCUAUGAUAUGAAAGUUCGGAAAUGCUCCACUCCUGAGGAAAUCAAGAAAAGGAAGAAGGCUGUUAUCUUCUGCCUCAGCUCAGACAAAAAGUGCAUUGUUGUGGAAGAAGGCAAAGAGAUCCUAGUGGGAGAUAUUGGUGUCACGGUUACUGAUCCUUUCAAGCACUUCGUGCAAAUGCUGCCUGAAAAGGAUUGCCGUUAUGCCUUGUAUGAUGCAAGCUUUGAAACAAAGGAAUCCAAAAAAGAAGAGUUGAUGUUUUUCUUGUGGGCACCAGAACUAGCUCCUCUGAAAAGUAAGAUGAUCUAUGCAAGCUCCAAGGAUGCUAUCAAAAAGAAAUUCCAAGGCAUAAAGCAUGAAUGCCAAGCAAAUGGACCAGAGGAUCUCAACCGAGCUUGUAUUGCUGAGAAGCUAGGAGGUUCCCUAGUCAUAGGUUUUGAAGGCUUUCCUGUGUAGAUACCAAACAGUGCCACAACUCUACAAGCAUUCCACAUUUCAUAUAUCCCAAAUGUAAAGCAAACAUCCUAGGCCAGGGUUUCACUAACUGUAGGGAAUCUGUCUUGUAGAAUAAAGUAGACUCUUGAGCUGUAGUUCAUAUAUGUACAAAUGACCCUAAAUAAAUCAAGUCUAAGGAU